AGGCCGUGGGGGGCAGGGGCCGCGGCCGCCCGUGCAGUUGCCGAGCGUCGCCAACAGGUUGCACCGCUCCCCGCCACCACCUCGCGGCCCCUCGGGCGGGGAGCGGCCGGGGGUGGAGUGGGAUCGCGUGUGUGCGAGUGUGUGCGCGCCGUGGCACCGCCUCCGCCCCCCCCCCCCGCUCGGUCCCGCUCUCUCGCCGCGUCCGGGCGGCCCUUUUGCGUGUCCGCGCUCCCUCCCUCCCUCCCUCCUCCUCCAUUUUGCGAUCUCGAGUCUGUGACGGGAGCCCGAGUCGCAGCCCGCCCGUCGGGGACGGAUUCUAGUGGGUGGAAGGAGGCGCCGCAGCUGGAGCCGCCGGCGCCGGGACGGAGUCCGCGCGCCUGGGAGACCCGGCCGGCGGAGACGGAGCCCGGGCGGGGGCUGCCGUGUCAGCGGAGACAUGCGAGACUUUCUUAGGUAGGGGCUCCCCCUGCCAUGGAGAAGGGGACCGCUGUUUACUUCCUUUUUUUUAGAGAAAAAAUUUCUCCCUCCUGCUUUCACGCGCUAAGUUGUUUAUCUCGGCUGCGGUGGGAGCUGCGGACGGCGGCGGUGAGCGGCGCCUCGGCAGAGCUGGUAUUCAUUGAUGGACCCGAAGGAAUCAUUAAGCCCAGCCAGCAGAGAAGAAAUCCCCAGCAGUGUGCUUGAGAGGGGAAAUGUGAUGGACUUCUAUAAAACCCUGAGGGGAGGAGCUAUUGUGAAGGUUCCUACAUCUUCAUCCUCACUGGCUCCUGCUUCUCAGUCAGACUCCCAGCAGCAACGACUUCUGGUUGAUUUUCCGAAAGGCUCUGGAAGCAAUGUGCAGCAGCCAGAUCUGUCCAAGGCAGUUUCACUCUCAAUGGGACUGUAUAUGGGAGAGACAGACACAAAAGUGAUGGGUAAUGAUCUGGGAUUCCCACAGCAGGGCCAAAUCAGCCUUUCCUCUGGGGAAACAGACUUACAGCUUCUGGAAGAAAGCAUUGCAAACCUCAAUAAGUCGACCAGUGUUCCAGAGAACCCCAAGAGUUCAGCAUCCGCUACUAUGUCUGCUGCCCCCACAGAGCAGGAGUUUCCGAAAACAAGCUCUGAUGUGUCUUCAGAACCGCAGAAUUCGAAGAGCCAGACUGGCACCAACGGGGGCAAUGUGAGGUUGUAUACCGCAGACCAAAGAAACUUUGACAUUUUGCAGGAUUUAGAGUUCUGUUCUGGGUCCCCAAGUAAAGAGAUGAAUGAGAGCCCUUGGAGAUCAGACCUCUUGAUAGAUGAAAACUGUUUGCUUUCUCCUUUGACAGGAGAGGAUGAUCCAUUCCUUUUGGAAGGAAACUCAAAUGAGGACUGUAAGCCUUUCAUUUUACCGGACACUAAACCUAACAUUAAGGAUGAUGGAGAUCUGAUCUUAUCAAGCCCCACCAGUGUGACACUGCCCCAAGUGAAAACUGAAAAAGACGACUUCAUCGAACUCUGCACACCUGGAGUAAUUAAGCAGGAGAAACUGGGCCCAGUUUACUGUCAAACAAGCUUUUCUGGGACAAAUAUAAUUGGUAAUAAAAUGUCUGCCAUUUCUGUUCACGGCGUGAGUACCUCAGGGGGACAGAUGUACCACUAUGACAUGAAUACAGCAUCUCUUUCUCAACAGCAGGAUCAGAAACCUGUUUUUAAUGUCAUUCCACCAAUCCCUAUUGGUUCAGAAAAUUGGAAUAGGUGCCAAGGAUCUGGAGAUGACAACUUGACUUCCUUGGGGACUUUGAACUUCCCUGGUCAAUCAAUCUUUUCUAAUGGCUAUUCAAGCCCUGGGAUGAGACCAGAUGUGAGCUCUCCUCCGUCCGCCUCCUCAGCAGCAGCGGGACCACCUCCCAAACUGUGCCUAGUGUGCUCUGAUGAAGCCUCCGGGUGUCAUUAUGGGGUCUUGACUUGUGGAAGCUGUAAAGUCUUCUUCAAAAGAGCAGUGGAAGGUAGACAGCAUAAUUAUCUUUGUGCUGGAAGAAAUGACUGCAUCAUUGACAAAAUUCGAAGAAAGAACUGCCCAGCAUGCCGCUAUCGGAAAUGUCUCCAAGCUGGAAUGAACCUGGAAGCUCGAAAAACAAAGAAGAAGAUCAAAGGGAUUCAGCAAGCUGCUGCAGGGGUCGCACAAGAGACUCCUGAAAACCCUGCUAACAAAACAGUAGUCCCUGCAGCGUUGCCACAAGUCACCCCCACCCUGAUCUCGUUGUUGGAGGUCAUCGAACCCGAGGUGCUGUUUGCAGGGUACGACAGCUCUCUUCCGGAUUCCUCCUGGCGGAUCAUGACCACACUCAACAUGCUAGGUGGACGGCAGGUGAUUGCAGCGGUGAAAUGGGCAAAGGCAUUACCAGGAUUCAGGAACUUACACCUGGAUGACCAGAUGACCUUGCUGCAGUAUUCAUGGAUGUUUCUCAUGUCAUUUGCCCUGGGAUGGAGAUCAUACAAACAAACACAUGGGAACAUGCUGUGUUUUGCUCCUGAUUUUAUUAUUAACGAGGAGAGGAUGGCUCUACCCUUCCUGUUUGAUCAAUGUAAACAUAUGCUGUUUGUUGCCACCGAGUUACAGAGGCUUCAGGUAUCUUACGAAGAGUUUCUCUGUAUGAAGACCUUGCUGCUUCUCUCAUCAGUUCCUAAGGAAGGGUUGAAGAGCCAGGAGCUGUUCGAUGAGAUCAGGAUGACCUACAUCAAAGAGCUGGGGAAAGCCAUUGUCCAGAGAGAAGGCAGCUCCAGUCAGAACUGGCAGCGGUUCUACCAGCUGACAAAACUCCUGGACUCCAUGCAUGACGUGGCUGAACAUCUCCUUCACUACUGCUUCCAAACAUUUUUGGAUAAGAGCAUGAAUAUUGAAUUCCCAGAGAUGUUAGCUGAAAUCAUCUCCAAUCAGUUACCAAAAUAUUCAAGUGGAAAUGUCAAAAAACUUCUGUUUCAUCAAAAGUGACUGCCUUAAUAAGAAAGGUUGCCUUAAAGAAAGUUGACUUUAUAGCUUUUAUUGUACAAACUAUCAGUUUGUCCUAGAGCAGUUCUGUUUUAUUUUUCCUUUUUUGUGUAUGUCUGGUUCCUGUUCUGUUUUGUUGUCAGUACGCACUACACGUGGUUUAUAGAGGGCCAAGGCGUGGCCACACAGCAGUUGCGCCAUCACUUCCAGGGACGGGAGAAGUGGAAGGUGACGGUGGUGGGCCCCAGAAAUCAGAGCAGUGAUGUGGGGUGGUCUCCAGUGUCAGAGGAGGACGGCAGCCAGACCACCCGUGCCCCAGUCUGCACAGUGCACUCUCUGCUCCUAGUUUCCACAGUUGGCUGGACAGAAUUUUCUAGACUUGUUACUGGUGUAUUUUGCCCUGUAUAGUUAACAUAACAUUUUUGAUUUAUGCAUGGAAACCUGAAAAAAAGUUUACAAGUGUAUAUCAGAAAAGGGAAGUUGUGCCUUUUAUAGCUAUUAUUGUCUGGUUUUAACAAUUUCCUUUAUAUUCAGUGAACUACACUUGCUCAUUUUUUCUUACAUAAUUUUUGUAUCCAAGUUCUUGUACAACUGCUUAAGAUGGGCAGCUAGUUCGUAGCUUUCCUCAUCAACUCUGAACAUUUAUCUCCUGUGUGAAAAUGGGUUGGUGCUUCUAACCUGAUGGCAUUUAGCUGUCAGAAGACCACAAAAAUUGACUCAAAUCUCCAGUAUUCUUGUCAAAAAAAGUUCAUAUUUUGUAUAUAUCUGCUUCAGUGGAGAAUUAUAUAGGUUGUGCAGAUUAACCGUUCUAACUGGUAGAAAGCACCUACCUAGUCCAGUGACCUGCUGGGUAAACUGUGGAUGAUGGUUGUAAAAGAGUAGUUAAAACAAACAAGCAAACAAAUAACUACCAAGAGGCCCUGUCUGUCCCCACUGCCCUGUCCCUGCAAUGGUUAGAUGGCAAGAAAGCUAGUGCGCUGUCCUUCAGGACCUUUUGUGGUAGUUUGUGUGAGUUCUUAAAAGUUACGACUCUAGAUAACCAGCUGAAACAAAGCUGAGAAAUUUUAAUCAGACCAAAUAAUUGCUCUCACUAAACUUGACCCCCAAUCAAUAUCUUAAUAUGGCAAACGUGGCUAGACACCCAUUUUCACAUUCCCCUCUGUCACCAGUUGGUCCAUCUUUCCUGGUGGUACAGGAAAGCUCAGCUACUGAUGUGUGAUUUAGCCUGUGCAUCAGACUUCACGUCUGUGAACCUGCACAUCCCUCACAGCCCUGUAUGUGCCACAGAGUCUAACAAAAGUCUUGUAAAUUUUUCCUCCUCACUGUUGAGAAUCACCAUUUUAAAGGAAAUAGAAGCUGUAGUAGCCCUUUCUGUGUGCACCUUACCAACUUUCUGUAAACACAAAACUUAUAUUUCCUAAGCCGUAAGAAAUUUGAUUUCUAUUCAAAGUGGCCAAAUUAUUUGUGUAAUAGAAAACAAAAUCUAAUAUUAAAAAUAUGAAACUUCUAAUAUAUUUUUAUAUUUAGUUAUAGUUUCAGAUAUAUAUCAUAUUGGUAUUCACUAAUCUGGGAAGGGAAGGGCUACUGCAGCUUUACAUGCAAUUUAUUAAAAUGAUUGUAAAAUAGCUUAUAUAGUGUAAAAUAAGAAUGAUUUUUAGAUGAGAUUGUUUUAUCACGACAUGUUCUAUAUUUUUUGUAGGGCUCAGAGAAAUGUUGAUGGAUAACCUAUAUGAUUUAUGGUGAGUGCAAGCGUUCGCACAGGUGGCAAUGGUCUCAGAAACCAAGCAGGUUUGCUCUAGGGGAAGAGGGGCGAGCAGACUGGCCUGUGUGCAGGGAAGGUUGCCGAAGCUCCGGCCGUGCCCGCCACAGAGGGCACGGUCCUCUGCCUCCUGCAUGACCACCUUUCUCAUUCCAACAGAGCCUGGCCGCAGUGUCGCUGGCCGCCUCUCCAGAGCGCGGAGGUGGGCAGAGGUGGGCGGAGGUGGGCGGUGCUGACACAGGGCUCAGGGCUGCUUUCCCACGCAGCCUCUCCCACAGGUCAACAAAAGCAGAGGCUUUAAAAGUUUGGCAAUAAUGCGCAUAGAGGUACCAGCAAUAUGUAAAUAGUGCAGAAUCUCAUAGGUUGCCAAUAAUACACUAAUUCCUUUCUAUCCUACAAGAGUUCAUUCCCCCCCCAUGACAUUUAUGUUUUCUUUGAAUGCUAUUUGAAUGUUAUUUGUUAUUUUUCAGUAUUUUGGAGAAAUUAUUUAAUAAAAAUGUAAUAAUUUGCUUUUUGAAUGCUAUCUAAAAGGGAAUGUUGUUUUGUAAUUGUUUAAAUUGAUCUCAAAGUAAUUUAAGAUGGUUUGUAACCCAGCUGGAUGUGAAAUUUUUGGUGCCUAAUAUCGCUUGAAUAUUAUUAUCAAUGACAGUGUUAAUUUUCAAAAAAAUCUUCUGAAAGGUAAAUUAUUGUUCAUUUAUAGAAUGUUAAAUGCUUAAAACCAGAAAGCACAUCGCACAUUAAUCAUACAUAGUCCCAACAUCCUCAGCUCUUUAAAAAAAGUAGAGGUCAGUGAAAGACAGGUGUGUGCACUUUGUUGUUGAAAUCAACUGACAUUCAUAAAACUAUAGGAGGCUGUGGCAGAGGAAGUUGUGCCCUUUUUGAAUAUGUGGGAAAGAAGUUGUCCUAAUUAAUUAUGUUGUUCAUCUACGUAUAAUCAUGGAUUUAAGUGAAAAAAAGAGGGUGUUAUUUGGAAGUAGCUUCAUUUUCCAUGUGUGUGGCGUCUUGCCUUCCCAAACCAUUUAAGUUUGUAGCAACGUCAGGGAGAGCUGGUGACGUGCCUAGGUGACUCCCAACAGCACAUCCUCAACUGUCUUUCUAAUUGCUGGUAGGAAAGUGACCCUUGGGGUGUAUACAGACCCAAUUGUAAAACUAUGGGAAGGGACCCUAAAAGAGCCCCCGCCCUCUGAAAAAAGUUGCACCCCGAAAGGAAAACUAGCAUGGCUCGGGUCCACGAUGAGUCUGGUGACAGCAAAGGACUCCCUCUGGAUGUGCACCUCAGGGAAGGCCCACCUCACUCGGAAGGGGGGGGCCGCUCCAGUGCCUCAUGUCUGCCAGCCGGCUGUCACUGACCCGGACCGCAUGCCCACAGAAGGAACAGUGUCCCUGCGCUGUGGUCUGCCAGCAUUCAAGAGCCAUGGCAGCCCUGGGUGAGGCUUCGGUCUCAGUGGGCCAUUUAAAGACCCUAGCUGUGGAUGGACGAGCGUGUUCCUGUGUGCCUGGUGUGAGAGUUGGAAGGGACAGGAGGAGUGGGAGCAGGACACUUGAGUGGAAGUCCCGUCGUUUUCCGGGCUGCGGUCGGGCGGCCUGGUCCACCAAAGGGUGAGCCACCGGGCUGCUGGCAAGGGCUGGCUUCUCUCUAGGAAAUGCCUGAAAGGAGGGUUUUUAUUUUCGGAUGAAAGGCAGUAUGAAAAUAUCCUCCUCAAAUAACUCGCUUAACUACAUUUAGAUUCAAGUGUGUCAAUAUUCUAUUUUGUAUAUUAAACAAAUGCUAUAUAAUGGGGGCAAAUCUAUAUUAUACUGUGUAUGGCUUUAUUAAGAAGCUUUUUCAUUAUUUUUUAUCACAGUAAUUUUAAAAUGUGUAAAAAUUAAAACCAGUGACUCCUGUUUAAAAAUAAAAGUUGUAGUUUUUUAUUCAUGCUGAAUAAUAAUCACUAGUUUAAAAAAAGUCUUUUUACCUACACAGUGAAAUGUCAGACUGCAAAUCUUGUGUGGAAAUGCUUAACUUUUAUCUUUCAUUUAAACUUGCUGUUCUGGUAUUACCAAACCACACAUUUGUACUGAUUGGCAGUAAACGUUAGUUAGCCAUUUACAGCAAUGCCAAAUAUGGAAAAACAGCAUAAUAAAAAAAUCUGCUUUUUCA